ACUUUACGCUACUACGCGGCAUGUAUACACAAAAAGUUUGACAAAUAAAGGUAUGGACGACAAUGAAGAUGAGGGGCUCUGUACCAUAUAUCCGAGCCUCUUCAGGGUGCCCCUUGGCAGUGAGAUCACAGCCAAGAUGCAGGAGUUUAUGGAGGAGAGGACAGAAGUUAAUAUGUGGACGGCUGUGCUGGUCGCUGCUGUAACAGUCGUAUCUGUUGUUGGGGCUGUGGUGUUUCUACUUUACAGAAGAUACAAGAAGUCGAAGAUGGAGGCUGGAGUACCUCACUACCGCUUCAGGAAAAGAGACAAAGUUAUGUUUUAUGGAAGAAAGAUCAUGAGAAAGGUUCAAACGCUAUCCUCCCCACCUUCCUCCAUCUCAAAUUCUGCAUCUCGUCAAAAGAUGAGGAAGAGGCCCAAAGUCUUAUCAAUAGCCCGAAAGAUCCUGCGUAUUCGGAGGGAGCCUACAGUCCUGCAGCCUAAAGAGCCCCCUCCAUCUUUACUGGAGGCCGAUCUGACCGAGUUUGACGUCCAGAACUCACACUUGCCCUCGGAGGUGCUCUACAUGCUCAAGAAUGUCCGGGUCCUUGGUCACUUUGAAAAGCCGCUCUUCCUGGAGUUGUGUCGUCACAUGGUGUCCAUCCAGCUGCAUCAGGGGGAGGUGCUUUUCAGGCCCGGGGACACUGAUGACAGCAUCUAUGUAGUCCAAGAUGGCCGCCUCGAGCUCUGUAUCCAUGAGAACGAUGGUACAGAGGCGGUGGUGAAGGAUGUCUUAGCAGGAGACAGUGUCCACAGCCUGCUCAGUAUACUGGACAUCAUCACUGGUUACCCAGCUCCUUAUAAGACUGUGUCUGCUCGGGCAGCUGCUCCCACCACGAUCCUUCGCCUUCCUGCAAUGGCCUUUCAGUCUGUUUUUGACAAGUAUCCUGAGACGCUGGUCCGGGUCAUUCAGAUUAUAAUGGUGCGUCUACAAAGAGUCACAUUUCUUGCCUUACACAACUAUCUCGGUCUGACAACUGAGCUGUUUAACCCGGAAAGUCAAGCCAUUUCACUGGUGUCCGUGGCCCAUGUCCUGGGCGAGACUCACCCACACAAAGGGCUGCGUCGUCAGCCGUCACAACAAGAUGACACGGGGACCGAGAAGAGUGACUCAGAAAAGUCCGGAUCAGAAAUGGGAUCUACAAAAUACAGAAAAUCACGCUCUCUCUCCACACCUAUGGCUAUUACAGAUGACAUGUCCGCCACACUCAACAUAGUGUAUGAACGUGCUCGAGUCUCCAAAGAUGAGACCACAGCUUCAAAUCCCUUAAAGUCUAUAUUGAAGAAGAGCGUGACGAUGGUGCACUCUCCCUCUGCUGUGUACCACUACGCAGAGGGUGGAGGGGGACACAGCCAACACAGUAAAGUUAGUGCCAUUUUCCAAGCUGCCAAAAAGGACCUGCUCCAAGUUAUUCAAUUACAGGAUGUCAACUUACUGGAGGGAAGAGUCAAUCUACGUCAUGUCAAGGCUGGGACAACUGUAGCUCAUCAAGGAGAUCAGGAUGUGAGCGUGGCGUUUGUGAUCUCUGGUUCACUACACGUGUACCAGAGGAUGAUUGACCGAGAGAAGGAGUCCCUGCUGUUUGUGGCUCAUGCCGGGGAGAUGGUAGGGCAUCUGGCUGUUCUCACUGGAGAGCCCCUCAUCUUCAGCGUCAAGGCACACCGAGACUGCUCGUUUCUCUCCAUCUCCAAGGCUCACUUCUACGAGAUCAUGCGUGAAGAGCCCAGAGUGGUGCUGAACGUAGCUCACACUGUGGUCAGAAGAGUGUCGCCAUUUGUCAGACAGAUUGACUUUGCAUUGGACUGGAUGGCACUGGAGGCAGGAAGAGCUGUGUACAGACAGGGGGACAAGUCUGACAGCACCUUCAUUGUUCUGAGUGGUCGGCUGCGAUCGGUCAUUGCAAAGGAUGAUGGGAAAAAGGAGCUGGCGGGAGAGUACGGUCGAGGGGAUCUAAUUGGUGUGGUGGAGGCUCUGACCCACAUGAACAGGGCCACCACAGUCCAUGCGGUGCGGGACUCUGAACUGGCCAAACUGCCCGAAGGAGCCCUGAACUCCAUCAAACGCAGGUACCCCCAAGUGGUAACCAGGCUCAUCCACCUACUGGGCCAGAAGAUCCUGGGGAACAUGCAGCAAGUCAAUGGACCUCUGGCUGCUCGUGGCUUGGGGCUCCAUACUCCGUCCAGUAAAUGGGACAGUAGCAAUCCAGCUUCAAACCUGUCCACGGUGACCAUCCUCCCUGUGUCUGAAGAGGUCCCGCUCACUGCCUUCAGUCUGGAGCUCUACCACGCGCUCAGUGGCAUCGGUCCCAUUCUUCUUCUGACCAGUGACAACAUUAAACAGCGACUUGGCUCUGCAGCUUUGGACAGUGUGCAUGAGUACCGGCUGUCCAGUUGGUUGGGGCAGCAGGAGGACAUUCACCGUAUUGUUCUGUACCAGUCUGACCCCAGCCUGACCCCCUGGACCCAGCGCUGUAUCCGACAGGCCGACUGCAUCCUCAUCGUGGGGCUAGGGGAGCAGGAGCCCACUGUGGGAGAGUUGGAGCGUAUGCUGGAGGGUAGUGCAGUACGUGCUCAGAAGCAGUUGGUUCUGUUGCACAGAGAGGACGGGCCUCCUCCUAAAGGCACAGCCGAGUGGCUCAACAUGAGGAGCUGGAUCUCUAGACACCAUCACCUGUCCUGCCCUCGGAGGGUUUUCUCUCGACGCAGUCUACCCAAAUUGAGGGAGUUGUACCAGCGUGUUUUUGAAAAGUGUCCGGACCGCCACUCUGAUUUUUCACGAUUAGCCAGAAUCCUCACCGGGAACAGCAUCGCCCUCGUGUUGGGAGGAGGCGGUGCCAGGGGCUGCUCUCAGGUGGGUAUCCUGAGGGCGCUGAACGAGGCAGGGAUCCCCAUUGACCUGGUGGGCGGCACUUCCAUUGGCUCCUUCAUGGGGGCGCUGUAUGCAGAGGAGAAGAGCAGCAGCAGGAUGAGGGUCAGGGCACGAGAGUGGUCCAUGGACAUGACAUCGUUGUUUAAAAAGAUUGUGGACCUGACAUAUCCGAUCACAUCUAUGUUUUCUGGAGCCGCUUUUAACUCUGGAGUCAGCUCUGUCUUCAAGGGAAAACAAAUAGAGGAUUUGUGGCUGCCUUAUUUUAAUAUCACAACUGACAUCACUGCUUCUGCCAUGAGAGUGCACACUGACGGUUCCCUUUGGAGGUAUGUCCGAGCCAGUAUGUCCCUGUCCGGGUACCUGCCCCCUCUCUGUGACCCCAAAGACGGACACUUACUCAUGGAUGGGGGAUACAUCAACAACCUGCCUGCUGACGUGGCUCGCUCCAUGGGGGCGAAGGUGGUCAUAGCCAUCGAUGUGGGCACCCGAGAUGAAACAGACCUGACAAACUACGGGGACUCACUGAACGGAUGGUGGCUGCUCUGGAAGAGGUUCAAUCCUCUGGCUGAGAGAGUCAAGGUGUUGAACAUGGCAGAGAUCCAAACCCGCCUGGCAUACGUAUGCUGUGUGCGUCAACUGGAACUGGUGAGGGACAGUGACUACUGCGAGUACAUCCGCCCGCCCAUUGACCACUACGGCACGCUGGAGUUUGGCAAGUUUGAUGAGAUCGCUGAGGUGGGGUACCAGCACGGAAAGACUCUAUUCGACGUGUGGCAGAGAAGUGGAGUGAUCGACAGCAUGCUCAAAGACAGGCAUCAAGAGGAAUUUCACAAAACCAAAACUGGACAUGUGGUGACAUGUCCAAAUGCCUCUUUCACUGACCUGGCAGAGAUUGUGUCGAGAAUUGAACCGGUGAAAAGUGUUCUCGUAGAAGAGGAGCUAUCAGAUGAGUACCAGACAGACUACGAUGAGGAGACUGUGGAGAGCGCUCUGUCCGAUUACGAGGCCUUUACAGCGGGCAGCGAGCACACGGAGGGAGAGGAGACUGCUGAAACUGAUGAGGAGAUUCACAUUCGCCACAGGUUAAACAACACCAGCCGAUAAACUUUGCCAUAGCCUUUUUUAGGCUUGUAUUUUUACUUUUGUGCUGCUCAAUGUCAACAUAAUGUGAAUAUUUUUAAGGAAUAAUGUUCCAUUUUUAAAGGGAAUUUCCGUCAUGCCUUUAUACAGUACGACAAAUGCUGGAUUUAAUUUUAUUUUUGUUUGCAAAAACUGUAUUACUAAAUGCAGUGUCACUUUUGAAGCUAUUUGCAUAUGGACAAUUUUACCACAAAACACACUUGUGGAGAUGGUUCAGUUUUGUUUGUGUUUUUUUUUUUUUUUUUUUCAUAGGAUAUUUUGCACACAUUUCAGCAAAAACAGACUUUUGACUGCACAGUAUUAGCACUACAUUUUUUGUGAGUGGAUGAACACUUGCAAAGUUGACAGUUACAUCACAUUGGGGGUGUUCUGCCUGCAUGUCUAUGGUGGAAUGUUCAGCAUGCACACAUUAGUGAACACUGCCUAAUAAGUUUUUAAAGUGUCUGAAAACUCAAGAAAAAACAAAAACAAAAUUGAUUUAAACAACACGGGAGCCUAUGACCAAUACGAGCGUUCAUGAUUCUCUUGAUGUGUUUCAUUUUCAACAAAAAAGGCGGGAGUGACCGACUGAAACUGUUGGUCUGUAACUGUAAUGUUAUUCGAUAGGGACUGGUUUAACAGUCCAAAAAUCUCACCUGUUAUAGUUCAGUUGUUUCUGGUCAGAUUGUGUUAAAAAAAAAACUCGGAUUACAGUCUCACUUGAGUAAGAGAACUUCAGACAGAGCAGUGCCAACAGUUAGCAUCACACCCCCAGGGAAGGUUGAUGACAUCAGCUGCAAAGUAUCAAUUAACACAGAGACAACCAUUCACUAAAUGGGCAAUUUUCUGUGUUUGUGUAUUUUCUCAAACUUUUGUGCUAAUGAAACAAGAUUUAUAUUUUCAAGUGUAAUUUCCUAACUUCACUGACACUGAUGGCUGAUUGAAGGAAAUGAAAAAUAUGGAAACAAUUCAAAUAACCAAUGAAUCAAGAUUAAUAUUCAAAAUUGUAAUCCUUAAUUUAGUUCUCUAUGUUGUACUGGGAUUUUUUUCAAGUAGAAAUGCAAAUCAAGUAAUGCUGCAUUCAAUGUUUAAAUUAUGUAUAUGUUUGUUUUUAAUAUCAGUUUGUUUUGUCUCAAGUUACAAGUGCCAUAUGUGUUGUAGAAUAAGAUGUAGCAGACUGAGAGUUGAAGAGAAGAGGCAUGACGUUUGAGUUUUUACGCAAGAGAAGUUUAUUUACCAUCAGUAUGGGACCCAGCACCCGGAGGGAUGAACCCUCAAGACAUUGUGAUAACGUUGUCCAUUCUAGUCUAGAACAGUCCAGUCUGCCAAUGCUUCCGUUGUAGGGAGUAUUAUACCUCUGAUAAUGCAGGCCUAGAUAACAAGGACUGAGCUGGCAGUGAGAGCCCUCAGUACAGCACAGAAAUGGAAUUCCUCUAACAAUGUGUAGUGUUUUUUUUAUGUUAUGUCACCUAAUUUCAACUGAAUAUUGUAGGUUCGUCUGAAAUUUUAGAUGUAUCUUAAAAAAAUAACUUUAUCCAAACAAUUACCACAGCUAAAAUGACCUCAAACCUUAUUCAUAACAAGUAUCAAAAUAUUCAUUGUAAUUCUUUUCAAACGUUUAACUGCCCCAUUAACAACACCCCAAACCCCACUUUGGUAAUCACUAUGGGAGUAUGGGGGUAAAAAUAUGUACACUCUUGUAGUUACUUUUUAUCAUGGAUAGAUGGUUUCUAAGUCUGUUGAAGAUGCUUUGUGAAAUGAGGCCACUGAGCUAAAAUGAAGCUAUUACAACACGUCCAAUUUUAAAUAUCUAAAUUGUGUGAUUGUUUUAAAAUAAGUGUAUGUGUGAUUGAGGUAAAAUAAAUCAAUGUGUCUCA